AUGAAGAAGAUGGCAAACGAGUUGGAAAUUGAGAAGCAGAAGACUGACGAGCUUUUGUGCGAAUUGAUGCCAGCUUCUAUUGCUGAUGCAUUGCGCCAAGGAAAAAUGAUUGAAGCAAGUGAUUUUUCUGACUGCACCUUACUUUUCACCGACAUCGUCACAUUUACAAACAUUUGUGCUAAAUGCACUCCCUACGACGUUGUCACGUUGCUGAACGAUUUGUAUCUUCGAUUCGACAGGUUGAUUGAACUGCACGGUGUAUACAAGGUAGAAACCAUAGGAGACGCGUACAUGGUAGUUGGAGGAGUUCCAGAUCCAUGUGACAACCAUUCAGAAAGAGUGUUGAAUGUGUCAAUCGGUCUAUUGAUGGAGUCGAAGUUAGUCUUGUCUCCUAUUACACACAAGCCUAUAAAAAUACGUGUUGGUGUUCAUGCUGGCCCUGUCGUCGCAGGAGUUGUAGGGAUGAAAAUGCCACGGUACUGCUUGUUCGGAGACUCCGUCAACGUUGCAAAUAAAAUGGAAGCGUGUGGUGUACCUAUACGAAUUCACGUUUCGGAAACUGCGAGAACUAAUGCAUUGCGAACAAACCAAAAUUUCGUAUUUGUUGACAGAGGACUGACCGAUAUCAAGGGUAAAGGACUCAUGUACACAUAUUUUCUGGAAAGAAAUGAUAGGAAAAGCGUGUGGGAGCUUUGCGCUCGCCCUCGGUCUGGCGAACAAACUAUAGACGGCUAUAUGGAACUGCACGACUCGUCCAUUUAUCACGAAAGCGAGCAAAAUCCGACCAAAAACGGUGAAAAAAAGGAGGCUGGAGCGGAAACAGUUCCGAAAACUCACCACGUACGUUCCAUCACAUGCACCGUGUCUUAG